AUGAGAAAUCGCUGCUUGUUGGCACUGGCCGCCAUUGUUUGGCUGUCGGUCGUGUCGGCUGAAACGAGGAUUGAGGUGGACGAAAACGGCGAUGAGUUCGAGCUGAAGCGUUUCUACAUCCAAGGACGCCAGCUGACUGGCAACGGCAGCAAGUCGCAGUGCAUCGUGACGCGACGUAAACGGAGCGGACGAAGCAACAGCGUCGGUGCCGUCGUGGUGCCUUCAGUGUCUGUGAGUUCACCAAAGCUGAGCGUAUCCGAUGGAGUCGAUGCUCAAAUGAUGGAGCAUCGAGAAGGCGUGGCCAUUGGCGGCGCCGAUGGCGAUAUGAACAAGCGGCGCUAUGUCCAGCUAACUGCAGUGUCGCUUAACGGACAGCAGCUGGAAAAUCUGCAACAUGACGACGAAGAGGAUGACGACGAGGAUGGGGACGAUGAUGAGGAGGAUGCCGAUGAAGAUGACAUCCAUAGGGCUGGUGAGCUGGAGCAGGGUGGACAUCAGUCGUUUGUGCCCGCUGCCCUGGCCCUUCCACUGGCCGAUAGCUCGGCUACUCAGCUGCCCCAGGGCAUCAGUGUUGUGGCCAGCGCAGCCACGCAUGCCAAUGUUGGCGGCGAUGCGGGCAUUGUCGUGGUCCAUUCGCGCCAGCCCCCAAAGGUCAAUCCGGACACACAUGCGGUGUUCGAAUUAAAGCCGGUGCAGGCCGACGAACCACCAUUCUUAUGGGAUGACGGGGACUACGAUGAUGAUUACGAGUAUGGCUAUAACUAUUAUGGCGAUGAAGACGACUACGAAGAGGACGACUAUGAGAACGACCAAGACUUCCCAGAAAGGUUUAACGAGCAUGUUAUUACCGAGGAUAGCCCUGUGAGUACCACCGCUAUUUGGAGUACAGGUGACGGCGAUGACGGCGACAUCCAUCCCGAAGUUGACGACCAGCCAAGCAGUAGCAAUGACAAGGACAAAGACAAUACACCCGUAAAGAAGCAACGACCCAGCAGCUCGCAAAGCAACGCAGUGUCCAGCUCGGCCAGCUCCACUCUAGCCAGCAAGAAGAAGAAGAAGCGUCGUCCCUCGAGUAGCAGUAGCGUCAGUUCCAGUAGCAGCAGCAGCAGUCCCAACAAACGCAACAAGAAAAAGUCCACCAAGAAAUCGAAGAAGAAAAAGAAGAAGACCACAAACAGUAUCAGAGAUACAAAGCGACGUCGCCAGCCCAGUGGCCUGCGCCCCAUGGGAGGCAAUAAACGUCGUCGCCCCCAACAGCCCUAUCGAAAGCAGAAGCGUCGUCGCCAGCAAUAUCAGAAAUAUCAGCAAAAUCAGCAGCGUCGUCGUCGGCGCCGCAACAAGUAUCCUGUCCGGGCGCAAUACUUCGACAAUGAACCCAUUGUUAAUUGCAUUUACAUCAACAAGGAUCCAACCACCACCACUACGCCGCGUCCAUUCUGGAAUAUUCUGGGACGUGACGCGGAUUCAAAGGGGACCAUUGAUCCAGCCGCCGAACAAGCCGUUCAGCAGGCAGUGCGACGCAACGGGGACUUUGGGGCUCGCAAGCGGGCCAACCUGCGCUUCGUCGGCUAG